GAGAGAGAGAGAGAGAGAGAGAGAGAUUUGUCUGGAAACAUCCAUAUUUAUGUGUCAGUGUUAUAGUACAAGCAAAAAUCAGUUUCUGGAUAGUAGGAGAUGAGAAAAAUUAAAUAACUCGUAAGUCUGCCUUUAUAAACAUAUUAGAAAGAGGAGGUUUACAUGAUCCAUCAGUCAUAAAUGGAAGUAAUGCAUCUACAUAAUGCACUUUUCAGCCUGCAUUUGCGAAUAUUCUGGAAUGUGUUCUGUGAUUGUGACGUCAUAGAAGAAGCUUCUGUCAAAGAUUAGGAACAGAAACGCAGCGUUUCAGUGUUUACUUGAACUUUCUAAUCGACAUGCUGUGUAAUUGAGUUCAGUGCAACAAUGCGACAUUUUGUGAGUUUAGAGCUCUCUCGGGUGGCAGAACUUCCACUGCGCCCCCUGCUGUAUGCGGCCGCAGCUGCAGCUACGGCCGCGGGAGUUUAUUAUUAUCUCAAUAAUCAUGGCGAUGGCGAGAGGACAACGCUGGACCCCGCAGACACAACUCCCACCGAAGACCCAGUGCAGAUGGGCUCUGCAGAGUCUGAUUUGGUGGAGCCAGACUUGAUGUGUGAUGUGGAUGAAGGCAGUGUGACACAGACUGACAGCACUGCCUCACAGACUGACAGCAGUGCCUCACAGACUGACAGCAGUGCCUCACAGACUGACAGCACUGCCUCACAGACUGACAGCACUGCCUCUGAGGUAUCUUUGUCUGAAGCUGAGGAGAAAUAUGAGCUGGAGUCUUGUGCUCGGCUGGAAAACGAGAAGCCCGAACUGCUGUCUGAUGUGAAUGCACUGCAAGACUCAGUGCAGGAAUUGAAGAAAGAGCUCUCUGAAGCCCGGAAAAGGAAUGAUGAGCUAGAAAUGGAGUGUAAUAAAAAAAGUCAGGAGUUGCAGUUGCUGCAGAUCCAGCACAAUGCGAUUAAGACACAUUUACGAAAGAAGUAUGAAGAAGAGCGGCGGGCUCACAGCGAUCUGAAGCCCCAGUAUAGUCAGUUGAUGAAAACUUUAACACAGACACAGGUCUCUCUGACUAAAGCUGAGGAAGGAUUUCUAAUUGCAAUGCACUAUAAUGACGAAAAUGUACAAGAAGUUAACGAACUGCUAAGAAAACUGUACCAUGACCAUAAGUGUGAACGAAUGAGGCUGGAAUCUGAGCGAGAGAUCUUGCAGUCACAGUACAAAGAGAUAUUACAACAGCGCGAUGAGUUACUAAUGGACUGUAAGCGAGAACGGGAGGCUCACAAUAUCCUCAAGUCACAGUAUGAUCAUCUGCAGUGUUGGGAAUCUGUGCGACAGAUCUUGCAGUCACAGUACAAAGAGAUAUUACGACAGCGCGAUGAGUUACUAAUGGAGUGUGUGCGAGAACGGGAGGCUCACAAUAUCCUGAAGUCACAGUACGAUAAUGUGAUAGAAACGUUAACACACAACGAGGAGUUGUUAAAGUACUUCCAGAUCUCCUUGGAUGAAGCUGAGGAAAUAUACUGGCCUGCAAUGGAGUUCAGUACUCAGCUGGAAUCUGACCUCAGUCCAGCAGUAGGAGGAAGAGCUCUGGGAGACACACAAAGUGUGACGAGAUAACAACAGAGCAGAAGCAAGAAUGGGAGGAGCACAGUAUUCUGAAGUUGCAGCACAGAGAGAUGAUGGAAACUGUUAAACAGUGCUAGGAGUUCUAUGAACUCCAGACACCUGCCAGGGGUGGUGAUUAACAUCUAGAUAUUCUCCAAUACAUGUGUGCAUAUUCCAAGUCCUAUACCACAAAGUCAGUGUUAUCACUGGUGGGCUCUGUGCAGCUUUCCCAAAGUGAGUGGAGGAGGGUGGACUGGCCUCAAUACUGCGUGGUUACAUUUGGUGAAAACACAAGUGAUAUGAUACAGGGGUCCACAGAUCAAAACCCAUCCAUAUUUGACAUAUUAGCCAAGGAUCUUACCAUGUAGCUCCUGUUAUGGCUGCUUUAAUGCUUACUCGUUGCAUAUGUGAGCUGCUUGAUGCUGAACCCUUACAAUACGCUGCCAGAACCAACAAUGAGAAGUGUGGCUCGGCUGAUGAUAUGUUUUCUGGUUUAAAAUAAUUCUGGAGGUAGUGAUGGAAAUGCCGUCAUCAUUCUUCUCAAUCGAGCGCCGGCAUGGGGGCUCAUACCUCUGGCUAUCAGGAAGGCUUUGUAGUGGUGUCUGAGCUGCUGUUAGACAAUGGAGGGUUCUGGUCUAGUAGCUCUGUUAGCAUCGGUUGUGUGAGGAGAGUUUCAGUCUGUUAGAACUGGUUGAAUGGGUGGAUCAAUGGAUGUUAUCCAGCAGGAGAGCAUGAAAAAGGCACUUCAGUGAUGUUUACAGUAAGUACUACAUCAUUGUUAUAUGAAUUUGAAGAAAAGGUCUUGGCAUACACAUACUAGAGAAUACCUAGGUGUUAAUCACACUGCCUCUGGAGUUUAGGAUGGGUGAAAUAGACUACCACUAAGAUGCAGGUGCUCAGGAUGAAGAGUGGAUGCAAUUAACACUCUUUGACAAAAAUAAAUGUGAGAAAGAAACAUGCAUGGUAAAUUUGAGCAAAUCUGUACUGUUUUAAUUGCAUCAUUGCUGACUUUAUUAAAAUUAUUGAAUUUAUUAUUCAUUUUAAUCAGCUUGGUUUGUACUUUGCAGACAUUUUCAUCAAAUCUAUUUUAAUUAAAUGGUG